AUGACAGCCAAAACUCGUUCACAUUGGAAGGAAUAUGGAACAGCACUAUGCGCGACACUUAUCACCGCUACAGCGGGAACCUGCUACGGUUGGCCAUCACCGACGUUACCCUACUUACAAUCAAAAGAGAGUUAUAUACCAACUUCGCAAGACGAGGGAUCAUGGAUAGUCUCAAUCAUGAUCCUAUGCUCCGCACUCACUCCUAUUCCCUCGGCAUACUUCGCUGAUCGAUUUGGUCGAAAAACUACAUUGCUUCUGGGGGCCAUUCCGUUUAUCCUCGGCUGGGUGCUGGUCAUCGUAGCUAAAUCUGUGGCGGUCCUGUACGUCGCCAGAAUGUUCUCUGGUUUGGGUUAUGGAAUAGUGUACACAGUUGCUCCAAUGUACACUGGAGAGAUCGCUACCAAUGAAGUCAGAGGCGCCCUGUCUACUCUAAUUACUUUAAUGAAUAAGGUCGGUAUUCUUGCCCAGUACUGCAUUGGACCUUUCGUCUCGAUGCGUACGCUAGCUGCCAUCAACUUGAUCCUGCCAAUUUCCUUCGUAAUCACCUUCAUCUUUCUACCUGAAUCGCCUUACUACUAUUUAAAAUUUGAACGCUCAGAAAGAGCUGAACGAUCUCUAAGAAGCUUACGUACUGACGACAUAAGACUUGAACUUAAAAACAUAGAAAUAAACGUUCAAGAAGAUAUGAAGAAUAAAGGUUCUUGGGGUGAUUUAAUUUUUGAAGCUACGAACAGAAAAGCUAUGUGGAUAAGUAUUGGAGUGUUCACUAUUCAACAGCUGUGCGGCAGUGCCGCUGUUGUAGCGUACGCACAAAUAAUAUUCAAAAGCACUGAGAGUAAGAUUGAUCCAUACCAAGAGUCAAUUAUACUUGGUUGUGUACAAGUUGCAACUUGUACUCUCUCAGUAAUUCUGGUGGAUCGUGUUGGACGGAAACCUCUUCUGCUACUGUCAGCCCUCGGUGUCGGCUUAAUGAACGGUACAAUUGGUACCUACUUCUACUUCGCUACUUGGUACAAGUCCUCGAUUGAAAACCUUCACUGGCUACCUCUUGCAGCCAUUGUUGUUUACAUUAUAUGCUACGCUAUCGGCUUAUCUACGGUACCAUAUGUCAUCAUUGGAGAAAUGUUUCCUACAAAUGUCAAGCUCUACGCAUCUUGCGUUGCCCACAUCUACACCGGCAUUUCAAUGUUCGCAGUUCAGAAAUUGUUUCAGGUUGUAAAAGAUUCCUGGGGUAUUUACACAGCGUUCUGGGGCUUUGCAGUGUUCUCACUCCUCGGUCUGGCGUACAUGCUCAUUGCAUUACCAGAGACGAAAGGAAAGUCUUUUGCUAAUAUUCAAGCAGGCCUUAAAAGAGAUGUUGCUCGCGAUAACGCCAGCAAGCUUAUGACUGUUGAGUAUUAA